AGGGGCAUGUCUAGGCGCUCUGAGUGUGUCAGUUUGUCGGGGCUGUGCGCCAUUUGACUAAAAGUGUGAAGGGAAAGCGUACGCCUUUCAGGACCGCAGCCGCCUAGUCUCAUGUCCGUGUCUCAGCAUGGCCUGUGAGCUCCGGCCGUGGGAGCCGACUCACAGCCCGCUGCCCGCUCAGGGUCCAGACCUCCGGCUCAGCUGAGACUAGAACCCCACCACGUCCUUACCUGACACGACCAUGUUCCUCGCCCCGCCGCGGCCUGCUAAUGGCUCCAGCUCGGAUACCUCGCUGGCGCCACCGAGGGAAGAGGCGGACAGUCGGCCUGAGGAAUUCCGCCGCCGCCGGCACACCAUGGAUAAGGACAAGGCCGAGCACCGCUUCUUCCGCCGCAGUGUCAUCUGCGACUCCAAUGCCACGGCCCUGGAGCUUCCCUCCAACCAGUGCAUCUCCCCGCCGGAGUCCGUGGUCUGCCUCCCGGUGGUGCCCGUGCUGCCCCGGCCUGAGGAGGCAGUAGACAACGUCCAGGACACGGUAGAGGCCGCAGCCCCGCCGCCGGCUCCUCCAGAGGCCCCGGAGUCCCGGCUGCCCCGCUCUGUUCCCGAGGAGAGACACCUGGAUGAUAACGAGGAGCUGGAGACCAAGGCGGUGGGCUUUUCCCCGGACGGACGCUUCCUCAAGUUUGACAUAGAGAUCGGGAGAGGAUCCUUCAAGACCGUGUACAAGGGGCUGGACACGGAGACAACAGUGGAGGUGGCCUGGUGCGAGCUGCAGGAUCGUAAGUUAUCCAAGUCUGAACGUCAGCGCUUCAAGGAGGAAGCUGGGAUGCUCAAGGGUCUUCAGCAUCCGAAUAUCGUCCGCUUCUAUGAUUCCUGGGAGUCUACCCUGAAGGGAAAAAAGUGCAUUGUAUUGGUUACUGAGCUGAUGACCUCGGGGACUCUGAAGACAUAUCUGAAGAGGUUCAAGGUGAUGAAGCUGAAGGUCCUGCGCAGCUGGUGCCGUCAGAUCCUGAAAGGGCUGCAGUUCCUGCACACUCGGACCCCCCCUAUCAUUCAUAGAGACUUGAAAUGCGACAACAUUUUCAUUACUGGCCCCACCGGCUCUGUGAAGAUCGGAGACCUGGGGCUGGCCACCUUGAAGAGGGCGUCCUUUGCCAAGAGUGUCAUAGGUACCCCUGAGUUCAUGGCGCCUGAGAUGUAUGAGGAGAAAUACGAUGAGUCCGUAGAUGUGUAUGCAUUCGGGAUGUGCAUGCUUGAGAUGGCCACUUCUGAAUACCCCUACUCCGAGUGCCAAAAUGCUGCGCAGAUCUACCGGAGAGUCACCAGUGGUGUGAAGCCGGCUAGCUUUGAUAAAGUUGCCAUUCCAGAGGUGAAGGAGAUCAUCGAGGGAUGCAUCCAGCAGAAUAAAGAUGAAAGGUACGCCAUCAAGGACCUCCUGAACCAUGCAUUCUUCCAAGAGGAGACUGGGGUGCGAGUGGAACUGGCAGAAGAAGAUGAUGGAGAGAAGAUCGCUAUCAAACUAUGGCUACGCAUUGAGGACAUCAAGAAGUUAAAAGGCAAAUACAAGGAUAACGAGGCCAUAGAAUUCUCCUUUGAUUUGGAGAGGGAUGUCCCUGAUGAUGUAGCCCAGGAAAUGGUGGAAUCUGGCUUUGUCUGUGAAGGAGAUCACAAAACCAUGGCCAAGGCUAUCAAAGAUCGUGUGUCGCUGAUCAAACGCAAAAGAGAGCAGCGGCAGCAUGUGCGGGAGGAACAGGAAAAAAGGAAACUAGAAGAGAGCGCCUUGCAGAAACAGGUGCAGCAGACUGAUGUGCAGCCCCAGAGUCCCCCUACGGGCACUGUUAAAGCCUCCACAGCACAGGCAGUCUCUGGUCCAGCCACGACUGCGUCCACAACUGUGCCAAUCACUGCCACGUCCCAAGUAGAGCCGGAGGAGCCCGAGGCUGAUCAGCAUCUGCAGUAUCAGCAGCCCACUAUAUCCGUGACAUCGGAUGGCACUGUUGACAGUGGUCAGGGGUCCUCGGUGUAUUCGGAGCCACGAGUUGGCAGUCAGCUAACAGUCUCCUACAGCUCUCCACAGGACCUAGGGGUCUCCUCCACUGUUGCAUCCAGCUACAGCACCACAAGCCUCCAGCCUCAGGCAGGUGGAUUCAGCACAUCUGUGGGGCCACGUCGGGGUCGUAGCAUGUCAGUGUGUGUCCCCAUCCUCUCCUCCACCCCUCUCCUACCUUCCUCUUCCCCCAGCACUCCUCCAUCUGCCCCCUCCUCUCCUUGCUGGACGUCCCCCGUGGAAUCCUUUGCUGAAAAGCUUUCCAAGGCUCUAGAAAGCGUCUUGCCCAUGCACUCCAGCAGCACCCGCAGGCACCAGCGGCGAUGCAGCCUGCCUACCCUCUGUACCAGCCCUCCACAAUCCAUGGCGCAUCCAACACACCCAGACUCUCCACUAUAUUUUCCAACUAUUCAUGAGCGCCCCAUUUCGUUUUCUCCACCUCCAACCUUCUCGUCCCCAAAGCUGUCCAACACUCAAAGAAGAAAGAGCACAUCUUUCCUCGAAUCGCAGGCUCGCCACCACGGACAGUCUCCUUCGAGGACUCUUGGGCCAAGUCCCCUCCUGGACUCAAAUCGCAAGUCAGACGGGAAGAGUGCGCAGCGAAAAACUCCCCUCAAAUCUGCUGAAAGCAAUCACAGGCAACAAAGUUUUGAUGGUCAUGGGUUUGUAGAAGGAAGGUCAGGUACAGCAGACUCCCAGGUGAGACCUGCAGAGACCAUAUAUCUGGCUAGCCUGCCUUAUAAUAUACAGACUGAGGCUUACAGCACCGCUGCAGCAUCCAGCCAUCUGAAGGAUUCCAUGAGAGCACAAGUUGGCUCAGUGUAUGAUUAUCAGACUGGUCAAACCUACCUUGCUCGCCCAAUUCUCAAACUGCAAACUGGCAUGAACCAGCCAUCUCCUAUGGGCAGUAUGUCUGCUCCGGUGACCGCUGAGCCUCAUAUCCUGUUCCAUCAGGUUUUCAUGCCGCAGUCUGCACCUCCAGUUCUCACUCAAGGCACUGAAGGGCACCAUGGGUGCGUAUUUGAGUUUCAUGUGCAUUCAUCUGGACCUGAGGGUGCGAUGUAUGUGCCCCACCGCGUCUACUGCACCCGUCAUGGUUCUAUUGAGCUAGAGGAGGUCUCUUCUAGUACAUUACUGCAGAACCGUCUCCAGACUGUGACUGAGGAACAGUGCAGCCACCCAGGACUAGAUCCCAUGUCUCCUCUGAUCUGCAAUGGACCUGAAUACUCCAGUGACUCCUCCCAGAGGAAUUCCUCAGACCCGGGAGAAUAUUUGUCUCCUCCUCUUCCUCCAGGAUCCAGCCACAAUUUUGAGAUGCCCAUAAUGUACCCCCAGAAAUUAAUUCAAGAGCCACCUGUUGUCUUUUGCUUUCCACAAACCGGAGCGUCCUUUCCUGUUCAAUCGGCGGUCUGUGGCCACCAGGUACCUGGGCAGCCCCCGACUACAUCUGUGCCUGGCGCCCAGACAGCCCCACACUCUCAGAGCGUGCAGCAUCAGCCUUCACUACUCCAUCAGCCAACCCAGUACCAGAUUCCAGCGGCUGUUCCCAGCAUACCGGCCCAGACCCAGCCCAUCAUUACCCAAACCCAAGUGGCUGCCACAGUCCCCCAGCUCCCCGUCUCUCAGCCUUUGCCAGCAGUUCAAGGAGAGUCUUUGGUUCCUGCUCCACCAGCUCCUACUCCCCUCCUCCCUGCCCAGGCUACUUCUGUGACCGCUCAGUUCUUGCCACUGGCACAGCCAUUAGUGGCUGCCUCUAUUCUGCCCCAGUUCAGUUCCCCCCCACAGCUGCCCGUCACGGUGCCCCCUGCCAUUGUACAAACUGCCAUUCCACAUACCGGCUUCCCUGCCAUUCCUAUCCAAAUGUCUCCAGGGUUCGGGCAAACUGUGCCAGGAUUUCCGCCCUCUUCUUUAGGUACUCCAGUCCUGUCCUCUGGACAGGCUAUUAUUUUACCCGGCCACAUACCUGCUGUCGCUCUCCAGCCCCAAACACAGGUCCACCCACAACCUGUGUAUACUAUGCCUCCAUCCAUUGGAUUACCAGCCGCCUUGGGACAAGCUUCAGAGCCAGUGCAUCUUCUGGGAGACUCUGCUUACCAGGGCUUCCCAUCUUCGGUUCCAUCCCAAUUCCCUGUAGAGACAGGGCUACCUCCAUCAGUUAUCUCGCCUUCCAUACGCACAGAGUUCCUGCUGCAGCCUGGAUACCAGGGUGGCUUACCACAGCCUUACGUGGAGAGCAGCGCGCUUACUCAAGGGGUCCCUGCAGCUCCACUGUCUCAAUCGCAACCAGUCACAGAGGUUACCCAGACCACUGCUCAAGCUGUCCCUGUGGAAUCGCAGCCACCACAGACCACGCAGGUGGUUUCCUCUAUGGACAGUGCCCACUCAGAUGUAGCAUCAGGCCUGAGUGAUGGCAACGAGGGAGCUACAGCUUCUAGUGGAAGACAUGAGGGUCGUACCACCAAGCGACAUUACCGAAAGUCAGUACGGAGCCGCUCCCGAAAUGAGAAGACUUCCCGCCCCAAGCUUAGAAUACUGAAUGUUUCUAACAAAGGCGAUCGUGUCGUAGAAUGCCAGCUGGAGACCCAUAACCGCAAGAUGGUCACCUUCAAAUUUGACUUGGAUGGAGACAACCCAGAGGAAAUUGCCACUAUAAUGGUUCAGAAUGUUUUUAUCUUGGCCACAGAAAGAGACUCUUUUGUGGAGCAAGUAAAGGACAUCAUAGAGAAAGCCGAUGACAUGCUGAGUGAGGAUGUCAUUGCAGAACCAGAAGGGGAGCAGGAGGCGGAAAGUUUGCAGCUGAACUACCCAGAAGGCCAGAAACUGGAGGGCAAGUUUAGGCAUCCGAAUCCAGUCUAUUUACCCCAACGGCCAGACCUUGCCCCAAGUCUGAACGCGCAAGUCGUUCACUCUGCUGGAAGACGGUUCAUCGUAAGUCCAGUUCCAGAGAGCAGAUUGCGGGAGCCAGCAUUUUUUAAUGCUCCAUCACAGGAUCCGCAAUUUACAGUCCCAGUGUCUCACGGUCCCGGGAUGAACCUUUCUCACUCUGCGUCCUCCGUCAGUCUACAUAAUGCCUUUGCAGAGUUGAGACAGGCACAAAUGGCUGAGGGUCCCAGCACGGCUCCGCCAGUGUUUAACCAGACUGGACCCCCCUUCCCACCUUCCCUGACUAAUCUGGCUGGGUCCUUCUCAGCUGCAUUGUCAGGAUUGCCUCCAACUGCGAUCCCCAGCAGCAUGCACUCUGCUGUUCCACAUUCGCUAGAGGAGUCAGUGGUGACUGCUGCUCCAGCAGUUGCUCCAUGGAGUGGUGUGCCAAGCACAGUGCCUCCAAUCACCACUGUGUCUGCUCAGCCACUCACUGUUACAGGGUCAUCAGGUGUAUCUGUAUCCGCAGCCACUCCUGUCCUAGUGUCUUCAUUACCUGCGUUGCCUCUGGUCGUCGGCGUUUCUAUAGCACCCGGAAUUAUGACAUCACCCCCUGCACAGUCGGUUCCUCCUGUGAGCUCCUCUGCACUGCAACAAAACCUCUCCUCUCCUCCAUUGUCACUGCCUCACACCUCAGUGUCUGCUCCAGUCAUCUUGAGCACAGGACAAUCUGCCCAAGCCCAGCUAAGCGGCAGCAGUUCUGCUCCAAGCUUUGUGGAAAGUACACCAGUAAAUGUGCCUCACCCAGAGAGCACUAUGAAGCCAGCAGAAGUAUCUGUUGGGACCAGUACAGCAGGCAUGUCCCUCCCCAUAUCCAGUCCACUUACCUAUGCUGGGGUGGAAGCAGCAGGCCUUGCCAUUGCUGGAAAUCCACCUCUCAUCCAUGCAGCGCAUCUUCCCGUUGGCAUGGCAGCAACCCCUGUUUCUCAAGCAGGUGUAGCCGCUUCCACGCCCCUAUCCUCUCAAGUCACAUUGCCAGGAGGUGCACAGUUAGGCCAACAAGUGCCAAGCGUGCCCCAGCACUCAUUGCCCCUUGUUCAACCUCAGCCAAGCACGGCCCCUAAUCUUCCUCAUGCUCACUCCAUUGAAGGCGACUCUGACAGUGUAACAAAGUCUGGGAUCGAUGAUAUCAAAACCCUGGAGGAGAAGCUGCGCUCGCUGUUUAGUGAACAUGGCAGCGUGGGCACUUCACAUGGUCUCACCCCACAAGAAGCUUCUGGAGGACUUGACAGUGUUCCCCUGCCUGGACCUCCGGCCACUAACAUCUCAUCCCAGACCAAGCCUACGUCAACUGCACCGCCUUCAAGUUUGCCUUUGGGAUCAUCUGGUGUGCCCAUCCAGAGCCAGGGUGUGACCCCUGGACAAGCUGUUACACCGGUCACUUAUGUCUCUGCCCCAGUCGCUACAGUGACUACAGGGAAAUCCGGGACACCUCCUUCUAAGCCCCCACUUAGUAGGGUACCGGUGCUCCCAGCCGGGGUAGAGCACACGGUGGGCACUCUGCCUGGCGAACCGCUGCCUCCUCUCCCAGGACCUUCACUAACUCAGUCCCAGCAGCCUCUUGAAGACCUGGAUUUCCAAUUGAGACGGACGUUGAGCCCCGACACUGUCCCUACGUCCUCUGCACCCAACUGUCCUGCACCCCCUGCAGCCCUGACGAGCAUCCCCGCCACUGCCUCAUCACAGCCCCCUGCUGAGGCUCCAGAACCUGUAAAACCUAAGCCAGAAGCGGAGAAGUCUACAGGGGUCCUUAAGAUGGGGCGAUUUCAGGUUACAGUUGCAGCAGAAGAUGUGCUAAAACCAAGCGAGGAGACAAAGUUGCCACCUCUGGAGUCUUCAUCCACCUCCUCCUCUUCCUCCAUGUCUUGCAGCAGCCCAGAGAGCACCAUGGUUAAGUCUCGGCAUGUGGCGUCUGGUUCAUUAGAUAUUGUGGACGGUGUUGAACACCCACAGACCACUGUGCGCAGCUCUUCCCCUAAGCAGUCAGUACAAGUGGGACGGUUCCAAGUGACCACCGAUAAAGUAGGUCGCUUCUCAGUUUCCCGGGCCAAAGAUGAAUUUUCAGCAGGACUCCCCCAAUUACAUCUUAAUGGACCUUCCUCUCACCCUGAAUCAUUGGCCACCCUGAGUGACCCGCCCAGAUCGACUCGCGAUGACAACUUGGGCAGCCCAAUUACACAGAACCCUCUGGGUUCAAAGGUCAGCUUGCAGAGCCUCAGCAACUCCUUCAACUCUUCAUAUAUGAGUAGUGACAACGAGUCUGAUAUAGAAGAUGAGGAGCUGAAGAAGGAACUACGGAGACUACGAGACAAACACCUCAAAGAGAUCCAGGAUCUGCAUAGUCGCCAGAAGAAGGAGAUCGAGCUUUUGUACACGGAAUUAGGAAAAGUGCCCCCUGCGGUUAUUAUCCCACCUGCAACACCCCUCUCUGGCCGGAGGAGGAGACCCACAAAGGGCAAAGGCAGUAAAUCCAGCAGAGGGAGCUCUCAUGGGAACCGCACCCCCCACAUGUCAGGUGACCUAUCUACACAGAGUGCUCCGCCUGCAGUACCUCAGCAGCAAAAUCUUCUUCUACCUCCAAGCAAUGUGCCUGAUUUUGGGCGUCUGAAACCUUCACCUUCCAGUGACAUCCUCUGCUCUGCCUUUACCAGUGAAGCUGCGCUGUCUGCACCAAGCUUAUCAGGACAGGGACAAGGAACAAGCAGCACCAACACAGUCGCCCCUUCGAAUGCUCCAGCCCAGUCAAACACUGCUCCUGCUUCCUCCUCCAGCCGCAAGGGAACCUUUACAGAUGACCUACAUCAACUGGUGGACAAUUGGGCGCGGGAUGCCAUGAACCUGACAGGGAAAAAGAGCAAGUCUGGACAUCCUAGCUACGAGGGACCUGGAAUGGCACGAAAGUUUUCUGCCCCUGGUCAGCUGUGUGUGUCUAUAACUCCAUCACUAGGGGUCCCCGUCUCAAUGCCUGCAGCCUCUACCAACUCUUUGGCUCACUUCCCCAAAGGAAUCUGCCCUCAACAGUUUGGCUUCCAAAGCGCACCUUUCCAAACCCAAUGGAGUGGACCUGGCGGGCCACCACCUUCCCAACCCAUUAGCCAGUUUGCCCCAACUGUGACUUCUUCCUUACAAAACUUCAACAUCAAUAACCUUCAGAAGUCCAUGAGUAACUCGCAAGGAUCCAACCUGCGGACUACCUAGCAGGAGGAUGGUUAAGUAAUCAUCUGACCAAGUUUUGGUGGAGACACGAGAGAGCUUUCUGCAACCACAAUGCAGCACCUACUUCCUGGCCCCUACAAGCCUAACUAGGACAAGGCCUCUUAUCUUUCUGCACCCUUUCCCCCCCAAAAAGUGGCGAGACUGGUGGCUUGGUUCCAUCCUCCUAGGGUUACAGUGGGCACCCCACAACUGUGGACCAUCGUACACUGGGGUGAUAUCAGAUUGGGGCAGCAGGGAGGCAGAAAGCAUCCUCUCUGCUGUAUGCUAUAGUUCAUUAAUGCUUUCAAUAAAGAACUAUUAACGGCUAUUGACCGCAGCAUUACAAUUGUAUGGAUUAAAAGUAAAUAUAUAAAUAUAAGUAUAUUAAACAAAAAAGUGAUUUAAAAAAAGUUCGAUGAGGACAAUUACUCUGCCAUCAGUUAUGAUGUGGAUACACUGUGAUAUAUAAAUAUAUUUAUGUUGUUGGGCAACAGUAGUAAUAUGAUAAUAAAUAGCAGAAUCUUAGAGGGUUACAGAUGAAGCGGAGCAUCCAGCUCCGACCUCCUCAUCAGUCACUUUAAUAAAAAAAA